AUGUCUAAGGACGGCCUCGCCUCCACCCCGGCCUGCAGCGCUAUUUUGCGUCUAAGGGAAAAUGGAAUUGCCUUUGGCGGCUUCAUUCUUACUGCCUCUCACAACCCCGGAGGCAUCGACGCGGACUUUGGCGUGAAGUACAACACAGCGAAUGGAGCUCCUGCUUUGGAAAACCUGACGGACAAGAUAUACGAAAGAACAAAAGUUAUCAAAGAAAUUAAACACGUAAAACUGUUGGAUUUCGACUUGGACACGUAUGGUACAAAAGUGCUUAUUAAGGAACAGUUCAUGGCAGAAGUCAUCGACGGCACUGAGGACUGGCUGCGUCUGAUGAAAGCCGUCUUCCACUUCCCCUCUCUGCGGCGUCUCAUUCAAUCUCCCUCUUUCUCUUUUGUUUACGACGGAAUGAACGGUGUUUCGGGACCCACUGCGGAGCGGCUGUUUGUAGAAGAGCUGGGCGCCAAGCCCACGUGCCUCAGAUGCUGCAAGGCGCUGCCAGAUUUCGGGGGUCACCAUCCCGACCCCAACUUGGAAUAUGCCAAGGAGCUGGUCGACAUGAUGAGAAUAUUCAACCCUGACAAAGUAGACAGCAAAACUCCUCUACUUGGAGCAGCAGGAGACGGCGACUGCGACCGAAAUAUGAUCCUUGGCCCUGGUUUCUUCGUCACUCCUAGUGACUCAGUGGCUAUCAUCGCACAGUACGCUGAAAAGGUGAUUCCUUUCUUCAUGAAGGGCAAAGACGGCAGCGGCGGCAUCAAAGGUCUGGCACGGUCCAUGCCAACUUCCAUGGCUCUUGACAGCGUGGCAAAGAAGCUCGGAAAGGACAUAUAUGAGACACCCACAGGGUGGAAGUAUUUCACGAAUCUGAUGGACGCUGGGCGGCUCUCGAUCUGCGGGGAGGAAUCCUUUGGUACUGGCUCUGUACAUGUGCGGGAGAAGGAUGGAUUGUGGGCUGUGUUGUGUUGGUUGUCUAUAAUUGCAUACCGCAACGGGCUGAUGGACAACGUAGAGAAGGAACUUGAAAUGCAGAAACACGGACAAAUCGUGCCCACGCCACCCCCAGAAACGAUCGAAAACUUCGUAGGAGUGCAGCAGAUAGUUGAGGAAUUCUGGAAGGAAUUCGGGAGAAAUUACUACAUGAGGUACGACUUCGAGAACAAGUGCAGCGAGUCCGCCAACAAGAUGAUGGCUUUCCUGAAGUCGCUGGCUGUGGGCGGCCAGGAGGAGCUGCAGAAACACAUAAGUGCAGCUGUGCCUCAAGAAUUGAGGACUAAACUACAGGCAGAGAAGAUAGACGUGUUCAAGUACACAGACCCUAUCGAUGGAUCCGUGGCGGAUAACCAAGGCAUUAGGCUGUUCUUCCCAAAGGGAAGGGCCAUCUGGAGGCUAUCAGGUACCGGUAGCAGCGGUGCAACCAUUCGCAUGUACUUCGAGCUGGUGGAAGACCGCCCUGAUCAGCUUUUGAAGAAACCCCAGGAAAUUCUUUCAGAACUAAUUGCCUACGCCAUUGCCUUCUGCAAAAUUAAAGAAUAUGUGGGCACUGAUGUUCCCACUGUCAUCACCUAA